AUGGCAGAUGAUGGGACUGGAUGUGAAGAAGUUGUUGUCACUGAAAUCAUUACGAUUCUUACACCAAGGGGUCGAUACAAUGUUGAACUUAACCUUUCCUUUUUAAGGCUUAAAGGACAAGCCACUGAUUUCAAAAUUCAAUACAACAGCCUAGUCCAUGUUUUUGUCUUGACUAAGUCUAACCAACCUCACACGUUUGUGGUUGUCGCUCUGGACCCUCCUAUCUGUAAAGGUCCAACAAUAUCGUUGCUUAAGCAAUAUGCAUGUUUCGAUUCCUGUGUUCUACCAAGAAUGUAUGGAAGUGUUGGUCAACUUGGUGUUGGAAAUGCCAUUCUUAUAAUCAUUCAGUUAUGUUUUGCUGGGAUUAUUGUGAUUUGUUUGGAUGAACCUCUUCAAAAGGGAUACGAUUUAGGGUCUGGGAUUUCAUUGUUCAUAGCUACCAAUAUCUGUGAAAGCAUUAUCUGGAAAGCAUUCAGCCCUACAACAAUUAACAGUGGACAUGGUGUUGAAUUUGAAGGAGUAGUGAUUGCAUUUUUUCAUCUUCUAAUCACUAGAUCUGAUAAAGUUCGAGCAUUAUGUGAAGCUUUUUAUAGGCAAAAUCUGCCUAAUGUGACUAAUCUGCUUGCUACUGUGUUGAUUUUCUUGAUUGUUAUAUACUUUCAAGGGUUCCGUGUUGUUUUACCUUCUGCACUUUUUUCCAACCUUUAUUUCAUCUCUCAGUUGUUGCACAGAAAGUACAGUGGGAAUUUCUUGAUUAAUAUGUUGGGAAAAUGGAAGGAGUCUGAAUACUCUGGUCAAUCUGUUCCAGUUGGUUGUCUUGCUUAUUAUGUUACUGCACCUUCAAGGUAA